CUCCAACAGCUGCCAUGACUUCAGUUGCAGAUUGUCGGAACAUGUGCAUUGUUGGAAUAUCAUGAGAUUUCCGAGGAUCCGGCAUUCCGUAAUCCAGUCAUACAUUAUCAGAACAUCAAUCUGAAUUUUGUUCGCCAUGGCCGAGCUAGAUCGCCUUCGCGUAAUCGUCCGGGAUUGCCUGGACAAGAACCUCAUCACCUCCGCCUCGUUCCUCGCCGAUAAGCUCGCUUGCUUAUCCUCUCGGGAUCCAGAAGAUGUCCUCCUUUUGGCGCGAUGCUACUAUAGUUCGCGGCAAUUCAAACGAGCAUUGAGGCUAUUGCGGGCCGGAAAUCUUGUGCAUUCUGACCCCCGCUUUCGGCUACUAGCAGCGAAAUGCCUGGAGCAUGGCAGGCGGACGAGAAGGCUCACUGGUCUCCUAUGGUGGUGACGUGACGUUCUGAGCAGGAGCAAGUUAAGGACUGGGAGGAGUGCCUCGCACUGUUGGAAGACGCUAACAGCAGUCAUGGAGCUACAAUUGGCGGGAAAACCUGGUCCGGCGUUGCGGUUGCACCUGUACCUGGUGCAGGGUUUCAUACGCCUACCGACGCCAUUGCUCCAGCGAAACUGGAUCUGUCAACCCCAGCAUUUGGAGGAACGGUUGAAGACUCGCCACGGGUUGGGAUCAAGCCAGCAGCGGCUUUCAAUCUGAUUCGAGGUCGCGCGUAUGAGGCUCUUGGGAACCGACCAAAAGCUAUCCAAUGGCUCUCAGCUGCACUACAGGCUGAUCCGUUUUGCUCAGAGGCCUUUGACGAGCUGAUCGACAAUCAUAUGUUAACAACCGAGCAGGAGGUCGAUCUGGUCGAGUCUCUCAGCGUUCCUUCUGGCUUCGAGUGGCUGCGCCUGCUCUACUCGUCUCGUUGCAAGAAGUACGGCAGGGAGGACACAGUGGAGCGACAGCUGAGGCUGCUGGAAGGCCCCUCUCCUCUCUCCCACCAGCCAACCCGCCUAGGCACCAGACGAACGUUUUCGCACCCCACUUCCACACCCACACCUGCACCUGCUGCUGCUGCUGCUGCAGCUGCCAGCAACCCUGCUGCUCCAACACCUCCUGGUGCUGCUGCUACCCCUACUGCUGCUGCUGCUGGUGCUGCUGCUGCGACAGCUGCCACACAUGGGACAAAAGAUGCCGGCCGAGGGGUCGGUUUGGGAUGGGCCUCGAGGGACGGUGCUGGUGGUGGUGCGAGGGGGGGAGUGAGGAUGGUGGAGCAGGGGCUGUUGGGCUGCAGUGGUGACGUGGCGACUAGCCGUGCUGAGCUCAUGCUGCACGUGGGGCGAUAUGAGGACUCAUACCGAAUCACGAAGCACAUCUUGGAUGGAGACCCGCACGACAUUCGCUGCAUCCCCACGCACCUGGCAGCAGCGGUGCACAUGGGGCGGAGAAACGAGCUCUUCAGAGCGGCGCACCAGCUGGUUGACGACCACCCCAACUCAGCCCUGGCGUGGUUUGCAGUGGCCUGCUACUACUACUGCAUUCGGCAGCACGACCAAGCACGGAGGUUCUUCUGCAAGGCCACCACGAUCAACCCUGCGUUCGCCCCUGCGUGGAUGGGGUUCGGGCACACGUAUGCAGCACAGGAAGAGACGGAUCAGGCCAUGGUUGCUUACCGGACAGCAGUGCGGCUCUUCACAGGAUUCCAUGUGCCUCUAGUGUGCAUCGGCAUGGAGUAUGAGCGUUCCAACAACCUCAGUCUCUCCCUGCAUUUCUUGGAUGAAGCACGCAGGCUCUGCCCCUCAGACCCUCUUGUGCACAACGAGCUUGGAGUCGUGGCCUACAGGAGUCUCGAUUUCACAGCAGCAGCGCGGCACUUUGAGGUGGCCCUACGACUGGUGGCAGGGUAUGGAGCAGCAGCGGGAGAGGGAGGAGGAGGGGAGCGGGAGGCGGGAAGGGCGGGCUCGGAUGCUGCAGCAGGGAGGCAGGCAGCAGUGGCUGAGUCGCUGGGCGCAUGGGAGUCAACUGUGGUCAACCUCGGCCACUCGUACAGGAAAAUGAGGCGGUAUGGCGAUGCCCUGUUGGUGUACGAGCAGGCUCUAUCCCUUCGUCCCAACACAGCCAGUACCUUUGCUGCUAUUGCGUUCACACACCACCUGCAGGGAAACCUCAUCCUCGCUAUUGAGUUCUACCACAAGGCUCUGGGUCUGUGUCCGGGAGAUAGUUUAUCCUCUGAGAUGCUUGGGCAGGCGUUGAAGGACGAGUGUGCGCUCAUGGCGGCCGCUGCUGACGACCAUGUGGGCCCUGAUGCUGUAUUGCCGCCUCUAUUCACAUAAUAUGGUGUACUCUGGAGAUGUCUCGGACAGGUGAUUGAGGGUGUAAAUAUGCACUCAAGUUGCUAGGCCAGGUGUUGAAGGACGAGUGUGCUGUUGGAAAUUAUGCAAAGACUUCAGGCAGUUCCGAAGUCUCGCGUGAGGGUACGAAUGCGCGAAGACCACAACAGCGAGGAUUAUCGAGUCAACAUUGCUACAGUACCCUUAACGAUUCGCAUCGCACAGAUUAAUGGCACCUCACAGAGGUUACGAAAGGGCGACGGUCGCAAAUCGUUGAUCGUGCAACUCAACAUUCAGAAUCGCAAGAGUCAAGAAUCAGUGCGGCAGGAGGAAGUACCGCAGUUGGAUGUGCUUCGCUUUGCCCUCUAGUCGAGGCUCCUGACACAGGUGGAUCAUGGCCCUGUUGUCAGCGUACAGGACUGGGGUAGAGCUAGGCAUACAAGUUUGUGAGCAAGAAAGCCAGCCAGCGGAG